AUGUCUCUGUUGCUGUCCUGGGGAGCCCUGGGAGGAUGUGUGUGUCCACAUGUACACACGUGCCUGGGAGAAUGUGUGUGUCCACGUGUACACACGCGUGUCUGUCCACUGUGUGUCCUCGGGGCAGGUAUUGGAGCUCUGCAGUGGAGACGAUUUUACAUUCCCUGGUCUGAGUUCCUGGUUGUGCUGAGCCUACUGGUUCAUUCACCGGUCAUCUCCUCCCUCCCAUCACAAACAGGCCAGUGCCCGCUGGCCCCAGACUGGAAGAGAAUGGAAGUGGGGAUGGAGGAAGGGAGGCGGCCUGAUGUCACUUCUCAUGACGUUUUUGUUUUAAGGAUGCCUGCUUGGCCCUGUGAGGUGGCACAGUUGGUCUUCCUGUGGGGACUCCUGUUUUUCUUUUUAUGUGGUUGUGAAGAUAGGGACCUGGCCUCCUGCAUCCCAGCCUCUGAUGGAGGGGUGGUGAGCCAGCCCGCCCUCUUUCUCAGCCACCACUAG